AGCAACUUUUUACGCAACUCCACUGGGGCGCAUAAUCUUCCCCUCUGCCUUUACUUCACACCGCUUUCGCUACCAAAUCCUGACCGCGGAUUCUUCCUCAUCACCAUCAUGGGCAAGGACGCUACCGACAAGAAGCUGAAGAAGGACAAGAAGGAGAAGAAGGAGAGGCGCCAAUCUGACAUUGAUGGCGUGAAGAAGAGCAAGAAGGACAAGAAGUCCAAGGUCAAUGGCGACGUCGAUGUUGACAUGACGGAUGCGCUCGAGGCGGAACUCGAGAAGGAGCCCGAGCAGAGCCUCGUCAGAGUCGUCGACGCACCGGCAACAACUUUGGUGCCGUUCGCUGAGCCUCUUACCCAGGAUGCGAAGGAGGUGAAGAAGGUGUUCAGAACCGUCAAGAAGUCUGCCAAAACCAAGACCCUCCGCCGUGGUGUCAAAGAAGUGGUCAAAUAUCUGCGCAAGUCCCCUACCAAUGCACCCUCUUCCUCCGACGUCUCCAAUCCCUCCGCCGUCGUCAUCAUAGCUGCCGAUAUCUCACCAAUGGACGUCAUUUCCCACAUUCCCGUGCUUUGUGAAGACCACAACAUCCCUUACCUUUUCGUCAAGUCCCGUGUGGAACUCGGCGAGGCCAGCGCGACCAAGAGGCCUACCAGUGUCGUAUUGGUCGCCAAGGAGAGGAGUAAGAAGGGCAAGGAUAUGAGUGGAGAAGAGAAAGAGGAAUGGGACGAGGCUUGGGAGAACAUUAAGGGUGUUGUCGUCAAAGCCAGCAAGACGGUGCGAAAGUAG